AUCAUAUCAUCAAUUGCAUACAAUUGAAUGAACAAAUUUGAAACGUGUGUAAUGCGUAUAAGCAAUAAAGUUCCAUUUUGAGCAUGAAAAUCAACAUCCGAAAAGAGAUUAUAUGAAAAAGAUGAUCGUCAUCUUCCGAAACCAAAACCAAGAGGACUCAAAAAGUUAUCGAUUAAUGCUAAAAAUACCUGCUUCCAAGGUCGAAGAGACUCGUUUUCUAGCCACCUAAAGCAAGAAAACAGAAGCUGCAGAAACAAAAAAUUUUACACGUACAUAUAUAAAGAGAGAGACUUUCAAAUUAAAACAUGUUAAUUCAUAAACACAGGGCGAUGACAGACUGGCAAAAAUAUGUCUAAGCUGACAGAGAGAGACAGAGCUUAAGAGACGAACACAACCAGACGAGCUGUAUAUAUUGUUUGUUGGAUUGUGCAUUGGUGUUGUUGGGUGUUUCUUGUUAUGUAAGAUUGUUGGCAAAUUUGAUUUCGUCCACUUCAGUUUUGGUUGGAUCACGGAAAUAAAAAUAUGAGCUUUUUUCCCUUUCAAAGCAAUUUUUUUCAGUUCAGCUGACGGUUACAGUGACAGUGACAGUGAUGGCAAUGCCACCGCCCAAAGUUCCAUUCACAUGGCUUCUUUUCAAAUGCAAAACCAUUCAACAAUUUAAACAAACACACACUCAGCUCUUAAUUAGAGGCUUAAGCCACCCACCGCCUUCUCUAAGACCUACCGUUUCUUUCGCUGCCCUAAAUCCCUCUGGCGAUAUUCAUUACGCCCUUCGUCUCCUUUUCCAAUCUUCCACGCCCCCUCAAAUAUUCCUCUUCAACACCCUCAUUCGUGGCCUUGCGCGCGCCUGCCACUCGCACUCUAUGUCUACCUCCUGCUUUGUGUUUUAUAGAAUGAUUGACUUGAAUGUUUUCCCUAAUAACUUUACAUUUACGUUUUUGUUCCAGGGUUGUGCUACCAGUCGUGAUUUUGAUUUGGGCAGGCAGUUACAUGGUAUAGUGGUUAAAAAUUCUUUUGCUUUGGAUGUGUUUGUGAAAAAUUCUGUGAUACAGUUUUACUCUGUUUGUGGGAAAUUGAGAGACGCUAGAUGGGCAUUUGACGAGAGUUUGGAUGUUGAUGUUGUUUCGUGGAAUUCAAUGAUGAGUGGAUACCUAAGGAAUGGUGAGAUUUCAGAGGGUCUUGAGUUGUUCGACAAAAUGCCUAACAGAAAUGAGGUUUCUUGGAAUAGUGUGCUUAGUGGAUUGGUUAAUUUCGGUUUCUUGGAUGAUGCUUGCAGAGUUUUUAAGGAGAUGCCAUGUAGGAGUUUGGUUUCUUGGGUGGUGAUGAUUUCUGGCUAUGCUCAGAAUGGGCAACCAAAGAAAGCCUUGGCUUUGUUUAGGGGGAUGCAGCUAUUGAAUUUGGAGCCCAACUCUGCAAUUUUGGUCAGUGUGCUUUCUGCAUGCUCACAGUUGGGAGCUUUGAAUCAUGGGAACUGGGUGUACUUUUACAUUCAAAAGAAAUGCGUAAAUGUUGAUUCAAUACUUAAUGCAGCUCUAAUUGACAUGUAUGCAAAAUGUGGCAGUAUUAAUUUAGCAAUGCAGGUAUUUCAUUUAUCCAAGGAGAAAGAUGUUUCAUCUUACACAAGCGCAAUUUCUGGCCUGGCAAUGAAUGGACGUGUUUUAUGCGCAUGUAGUCACAUUGGAUGGGUUGAGAAGGGUUUUCACUAUUUUCAUUCAAUGCUAGAUGAUCAUGGAAUUGAACCGGAGUUGGAUCACUAUGCCUGCAUGGUUGAUCUUCUUGGCCGUGCUGGCUUGUUGGAGGAGGCAGAAAAUUUCAUUGCUUCAAUGCCUAUGAAACCAGACAAUGUUAUCUGGGGGACUCUCCUUGGUGCCUGCAGAGUUCAUGGUAAUGAUCAGAUGGGUCAAGGGAUUGGGAAUAUGUUGAUAGAAUCUGAUCAAAGCCAUGAUGGCUGUUACAUUCUACUGUCCAGCAUUUAUGCUAAAACCAUGAAAGGGGACAAUGCCGAAGAAGUCCGGAAAUCCAUGAGAGCCAAAAACAUAGAACGUGUCCCUGGGUAUAGCUUGAUUGAAGUGGAUGGUGUUGUUCAUGAGUUCUUGGCUGGAGACAGAUCCCAUGACAAAACAGAGGAGAUCUACACAGCGUGGGAAGAAGCUGUUAAAAAGAUAAAGAACUAUGGUUAUAAGGCUGAAACAAGAGGGGUUCUAUUUGACAUUGAAGAGGAGGAAAAGGAGACUGUGAUUGGUUACCACAGUGAAAAACUGGCUUUAGCUUUUGGGUUAAUCAGCACUGAGCCUGGAUCUGUAAUAAGGAUAGUUAAGAAUAUUAGGAUCUGCAAUGAUUGCCAUUCAGCAAUGAAGCUUAUCUCAAAAGUUAAUCAAAGGAAAAUAUCUGUAAGAGAUAGGAAAAGGUAUCAUCAUUUUGAAGGAGGUUCUUGUUCCUGCAUGGAUUACUGGUAACCAAGCAAUAAACAAACUCCACUGAAGGAAAAAUUUGUUCUUAAUAAACAAUUCAUGGGUGUAAAAUUGGAAAAUCUGGAACUUAUGCAACAAACACUAGAGAGUGAUCCACCAUGAAGUUGGCGAGAUUUAGACCCACAGGUCUUAUCCAAAAGAGUUGCCUCCAUCUACAUGAAUCCCCUUCUGAGACUAAGCUCAAGAGAAGGUCACAUGUGCCUUUAGCCUUGGUUUGAAUCUCCACAAUCUGACCUGGUUUUCUCAUUGGGUUUCCUCUAGUUCCAUAUAAAAUAAGCACCAAAUGUGGGCUACCCUUUGAAUUGAGAAUAGGGAGUUAAGCAUGGAGACAGGCUGAUUUUCCUGUAUUUCUCUCGGUUAAACGACGGAAACCCGUUAAUUCACUGAGUACCAAGAUAGUUUAAGAGGUGGCCUCUCUACGAUCUUGAAUUUUUUGAUCUCAGUUUCAUUCAAAAUUAAUAUACUCUUCAGCUUAUCCACUGUCAUAGUCUGUCAAGGUGACCCUCGAAAUGGUCAAGAACAUGUAUGUUUGAUUUAUGUGACUUCACUGAAUUUAUGCUCAGUUUGAAAAGAAAUACAAUGCCUACAACUUCCUUGCCU